GCUGCGGCCCCGAGCGAGCGAGCGAGCCCGCCCGCACCACCCGCGCACUCGCCGGCGGCCCCUGGCAAACGGCGUGGCCGCUGCGAUGACCGCCGAGGAGAUGAAGGCCGAGAGCGGGGCGCAGCCGGCGCCGCUGCCCCUCGACGGGGUGGACAUCAGCCCCAAGCAGGACCGGGGCGUGCUGAAGGUCAUCAAACGAGAGGGCACAGGCUCUGAGAUGCCCAUGAUCGGUGACCGUGUCUUUGUCCACUACACGGGCUGGCUAUUAGAUGGCACCAAGUUUGACUCCAGCCUGGACCGCAAGGACAAGUUCUCCUUUGACUUGGGGAAAGGUGUAGUCAUCAAGGCUUGGGACAUUGCCGUGUCGACCAUGAAGGUGGGAGAAGUGUGCCACAUCACCUGCAAGCCUGAAUACGCCUACGGCUCCUCAGGCAGCCCUCCUAACAUUCCCCCCAAUGCCACACUGGUGUUUGAGGUGGAGCUGUUUGAGUUCAAGGGAGAGGACCUGACAGAAGAAGAAGACGGAGGAAUCAUCCGCAGAAUACGGUCUCGGGGUGAAGGCUAUGCCAAGCCCAAUGAGGGUGCUAUUGUGGAGAUCGCUCUGGAAGGGUACUUCAAAGACCAGGUCUUUGACCAGCGGGAGCUCCGCUUUGAGGUCGGCGAGGGUGAGAGUCUGGACCUGCCUUGUGGGCUGGAGAAGGCCAUCCAGCGCAUGGAGAAGGGGGAGAAGGCCAUCGUGUACCUCAAGCCCAGCUAUGCUUUCGGCAGUGCUGGUAAAGAAAAGUUCCAGAUUCCAGCAGGUGCUGAGCUCAAGUAUGAGGUAUACCUCAAGAGCUUCGAGAAGGCCAAGGAGUCUUGGGAGAUGAGUUCAGAAGAGAAGCUGGAGCAGAGCAGCAUGGUGAAAGAGCGGGGCACUGCCUACUUCAAGGAAGGCAGGUAUAAGCAGGCCUCACUGCAGUACAAGAAGAUUGUGUCCUGGCUAGAAUACGAAUCAAGCUUCUCCGGUGAGGAUUCACAAAGGGCACAGUCCCUGCGGCUGGCCUCCUACCUCAACCUGGCCAUGUGUCACCUGAAGCUCCAGGCCUACUCUGCUGCCAUCGAGAACUGCAACAAGGCCCUGGAACUGGACAGCAACAAUGAGAAAGGGCUGUUCCGCCGCGGCGAGGCCCACCUGGCAAUGAAUGACUUUGACUUGGCGCGGGCAGAUUUCCAGAAGGUCCUGCAGCUCUACCCCAGCAACAAGGCCGCCCGGGCACAGCUGGUCCUGUGCCAGCAGCGCAUCCGUAAGCAGCUUGCCCGGGAGAAGAAGCUAUAUGCCAACAUGUUUGAAAGGCUGGCUGAGGAAGAUACCAAGACCAAGGCAGCGGUGGCUGCAGGAGACCAGCCCAGUGACACAGAGAUGAAGGAUGAGCAGAAGGACGGAGUGGCCGGGAGCCGGUCCCAGGUGGAGACAGAAGCCUAGCCCCCAGCCCUGAUCCCAUGGCUGCCUGCCCACCCUGCCCUACCCUCCUCCACCUUGUUAGUUUUGUAAAAACUGAAGAUUUUUGAGUGAAUUAGACCUUUAUUUUUCUAUCUGGUUGGACAGUGGCUUUGAUGUAAAGGGAAAAGAAAGUAGGCUGGGGGAACAAAGGGGGGGUCAUUGUAGGUGGUGUCAGCCCCUCCCCUUCCCCCUCACAUGUUGAACGGAUGUCCAUCCACACACCCAUCAGAAUGUUAAUUUAUUUUGAUUGCUCUGUUUGCUUUAUCCAUUUUCCAAAUGAUGGUCCAAGGGGGCAGAUAUUAGGGACACAGGUUCUGACAUGAAACCAGGUGGAGAGGGAAACUCCUGGGCAGCCAUCUUUCUCAUCCCUUGCUCCCAUCGCCCCAGCCCACUUCCAAACACAUGGCCUCUGUAUGCAACAUGGGAAAGGCCACUACUGUGCCCUCUUGUUUCUGUUCCUGCCUCACCCCAGAGGAUGUGACCAGUGGCAUCUCUGGUGUCACAGUGGCCACCCCCUGCCCCCCCACCUGUGUCCCCACUCUUGGUUCCCUUUCUCAGCUGUCCCAUACUCCCGUCUCCACCCUCACCCCCUCAGCCUCUUCUGCACGUUGCUGAAGGUCCAGGCUCACCUCAAGUUCCAUGCUUGAGCAAUAAAGUGGAAACAAUCAAA